UAGAACUCAACAGUGUAUCUCUUUGUCAUGCAACACAGCUGCAGUGGCCGAAGAAGUAAGUACUUGUGUGAAAAUCUGUUGUAUGAGCAAGAGCGUUCUGUUCUUGCUAAGCCGCGAAUUGUUCAGAAGAAUACUGAACGGCUGCCAUUAACGAUUUUUAUCAUCCAUUUUCUAAUUUUAUUUUAGAAUAAUUUGUAGAACGGAUGUAGGAUGGACUUGGAUGGAUCGGAUGGGCCCCCCUGAGUCUUCCGGUCCUACUUGAAAGGGUGGGAAGUCCAUCCGAUCCAUCCCAUCCCGGAUCUGGAACCCCUAUAAGUUAUUCUAUUACUUUUAGACUUCAAACAUCCAGUCUUGCACUGUUUUUAGCUUCGAUGACGAUACUGAAGAUUACAAAAAAAUAAGAGGUGGCGAAGGCUCUGGCGUGCAACAUCAAAUCCCUCUCGAGUACUGUUAGGUCGCUACUCACACUACAAUUUAGACUCCAAAAAGAAUACAACAUCAAGGUAUGGUUUAAAAAAUCUUAAAUCAUUGAAAGGUGAAUACGUAGCUGUUUCACAGGUUGGCCAUCUCUUUAUCCAAACCAUUUUCCAUCAAAUUCGCCCCUGGUGGGAAGGGAGACAAGUACCUCUGAGAGGACAAAAGCCCGUCCCUGGUGGGACGAGAUGCCGCCACCUCUGAGAGGGAGCGCGGGCAUUAUUUACGCGCUUGGCCCCAGGCGGGACACAAUGAGGCGCCACAACGCUUUGCGAGAGGUGUGCCGCGAUUGGUGCGCAGCAUUACGGAGGAGGCUGGGACGCGUGGAGCCCCUUGCUGUGCUUACUAACUAGGGAGAUACAAGGGCAGCGCCUACUGGCGUGGCUGAUGGUUAGCCCUCCGGUGAUACAAGAGAACGAAAGAGAGACGGCCAGCCCGGGACGCCCUCCUCCGUUGUGUGCCAGGGCUUUCGCUCUCCUGAUGAGAUGAACCGCCAACGGCACAGCAGGAGCGGGGGGCGCGUUGGUUGCCGUGCUUUUUGUCUUCUGUGUGUCCAACUUCAAGGUGAGGAGAGCCCCACAGCCUCGGCGGGCCGGCGCCGUCUCGGUUUCUUCCAGCGAAAGGCAAACGGGUACGGGCAGGGCCAUGGCUGCGACGCCGUGAGGGGACUCGGCGGGCUUGUUGGCUGCCUUGGUGUGGUUGCCUUCUCGCCCUUUCUCGUGUAGUGCUAGUGUGCGUGGCCUGGUGGCUCGCCUCGCCCUCAUAGGCAUGAAUCUGCCCGCCCCCUCCACCUUCUUGCUUUCUUCGCCUUUGCCUCCUCGGUUGCGGUCGUAGACGUAGUUGUAGAGGGUGGACCUGGACCCCAGCCACGGAACCGCGCACCAGGCGCCAGUGCAUGCUGCUUAGUCCCAGGCGGGCAGACGACACGACAAAACUUACCCUCUGGGCUCCGAUCGCUCCGCUCUGGUAGCUGAGUUGAGGAGGCCAAGGCGGACCGGGUCACUUGAAGCGGAGCUUCUCUGAUGAACACCGGCUGCCGGCUCCGCUGCUGGAGUUUUAACCCCGCUAGUCUGGAACACGCGCGCGCGCGUGACGGCAUGGCCCCCGGCCCGGCCUCAAGUUCCCCCGGAGACUGAACACGGGCGACGUCUGAAGCUGCAAGGCAGUACCGUGCAAGGCUUCACGUGUUGACGAGUCCGCUUCCAUACAUACUUACACACACACACUCUCCAUCAAAGAAUAUUAUAAGAAUCUUAUUGCAAAAGACGUAUUUGAGUAUUCAUAUUUCUUUGGCCUAACGUCUCUCACGACGAUCUUCCACACUUUCGAUUCUGAAAAGGUGACUCUGUAGGUUUUCUUUUCGAUGCAGACCCGGGAGUGACAUUUUGAAUUUUCAGCGGAUCACUAUAUUAUAUUUAUAUAAAUAACUUGAACUUUCAGCAUUAGCA